AUGCCCGCCAACGAACAAAGAAGUCCAGAGAGUCAUGAAGAAUUCAGCCAUACAAGCUCGACUACCACUACCAGAUCAAGCAACUCGGCAGCUUCGGAAGAUGUGUAUGUAGAGGAUGUCUCUUCUCGCGAUUCGGGAUAUGACGGCGAUAUUGAGGUGGUGAAACCAUACGCUAUUGAGGAGCCUGAGGACGAAGCUCCUAGGCACGUCCCUAGAUUAGCCAUUUCGCCCGCUCCAAAUGAUGCCGAGUCGUGGCAAGGAGAAUUGAUUAUCCUGACUUGCGGUGCCGUCCGAGCCACAGGAGAGGAAGGAAGAGGAAAACACCCACCGUUGGCGCAGGAAAUUCCGUGCCUGGUGGUCGACGACAGGUCUAUGAGGCAGCUCUCGAUAUCCAGUACGAAGGACCUAGGGCGAGUCCAAAGAGAUUACGACGAAGAAGCCUGCGCCUCAAAGAAGACCAAAGGACUCCUCUCUCACCACGGAGCCCGACCGAAACCGAUUCGCCUGCAAGCCCUAGUCUCAGUCCUCAGUCCACGGAUGCAAGCGGGGCAAGCCUGA